UUGUUGUUUUGCCCCCACUUUGUCGCUCAGAUGCUCUUUGGCGGUUGGCCGCUUGACUCUCCACUUGUGUGACUUUCCAGCCGAGUGUGUGUGUGUGUGUGAAGUGGUUGUGUUGCAGAAACUACAGAAAACCAAGAGACGCGUGGACUUGGGUGAACAAACAAAAAUUAAAACAAAAAAAAUAACGGAGAAAAAGAAGAGAACAGACCGGGACACAUUCAAAUUGGUUGUUCAACUCGGUAGUCAGCUAAGUAAAAUAGCACAAUACGGGUUUUUUUUUCGACUUCUUUCACAUACAUGCGUACCUGGGCAGAGAUUCAGAUUUACCGCCUCCCCCACCUCCUCCUACACAUUCGUUGUUGUUGCUGUCGUCGUUCCGCCGUCGCUCUCACGUAAUCCGCCCCCACACCGCUCCGGCCCCUCAAACUGAUAGACCGAAAAUCGAUUAGAGCGGCCUCUCUUUGGGUUGCUUACGUUACGUUGCUGUUACCGUUACGUCGGGAGUGUGUGCGAGCGAGUGUGCUCGGUUCGUGAGUGUGUGCAAGGUGUGGUGUGUAUAGAAAAUCGAUUGGCAAUUUGAACCAAGCAAUCGCAUCGUCGCCGCGUGUGCCGUUACGCGAUUUUCAACUGUAAAUUUGCUUUUAUUUUUUUGCCUGUGAGUCCUCUUAAGUGAGUGAGUGAGAGAAAGCUAACAAGAUAGAGAGAGACGGGCUCUCCCAAAACCUAAAAAAAAUAGAAAUUACAACAGAAAAAAAAAAAUAAACACCGGACAUGGAUAAAUCAGCGGCCACCAACUCGGCCACUGCCGAUGGUCAAAACGAGGCAACAACAACAGCAGCAGCAGCAGCUGGGUGUGGCAGCAGCAGCAGCGGCGGUAGUAACAACCACAGCACCACCACCAACAACAACAACGCCUUGCAGCGCCUGGCAACAACAACAAGUGCUGUGGUGGCAUCCCCGAUGACGAUCAACCUGAAUAUCAGCACCACCACCGGCGGCAAUUUCGGCGUCAGCGUCGAACCGCACAUCAGCGUGGAAAGCCUAAAAAAGAUCAUCGCCAAGAAGCUGAAGGUGGCCAAGGAUCGAAUCUGUCUGCUGCAUCGCGAGAAGGAACUACAAGAUGGCAUGCUCAGAGAUCACAACUUAAUGGACGGGUCCAAGAUCAUUUUAAUACCAAACGUGGAAACUGGUUUAUUGGCUCAGCGUCCGGAGAACACGGUUAUGCAAGCGCUGGAAUCGCUUAACGACUCGCAGGUUAAUGACUUUCUUAGCGGCAAGACUCCGCUCAAUCUGAGCAUGCGCCUCGGCGACCACAUGAUGCUCAUCCAGUUGCAGCUGAGCACGGUGAAUCCGGCGGGCGGCGGGUCCACAGUGGCCCCUGCCAGUGGUAAUGGUGGAUCCACCGCCAACGCCGCCACCACCGCAACUUCCUCGGCCACGUCGAUGCCAGCUGGCACUGGCUGCUCCACUGCCGCAUCCUCGUCUUCUUCGGCGGUGCUGGCGGUGGGAGGCGUGGGAGGCGUGGGAGGAGCUGCCUCCAACUCUUCAUCAUCAUCAUCCUCGUCGUCCUCGUCGUCAUCGUCGUCGUCGUCUUCCUCGUCGUCGUCUUCCUCGACGUCGUCGUCGUCGUCGUCGUCGUCAUCGUCGUCAUCGAGAUCCCGCUCCUCUGGCCAGCGAUCAAGCGGAAGAAUCGGUCAUGGCCACGUGCACAGCCAUCAGCAUCCGAGCUUGCAUGCUGCCAACUGGCAUGGCCAUGGCCACGGACACGGACAUGGUCAUGGGCAUAGUCACAGUCACAGUCACGGGCACAGUCACGGGCACAGUCACGGGCACGGGCACGGGCAUGGCCAUCAUCACCAUCAUCAUCACCACCACCAUCAUCAUCAUCACAACGCUUCGGCGGUGGCUGCGGGCAGCGGUGGUGGCAUGUCCUCGCUGCGCAAGAUGUACGGCGAUUUGCCCAGCUCGUCGGGUUCAUCUGGAUCUGGAGCUGGAUCUGGAUCAGGCUCUGGCCAGACGCAGAGCUCGACCACGCUAAACGGAUCCGAUAUCACCAAGCUGCUGAUCAAGGGUGGCAUCCAGAAUAUCGUCAAGAGUUUCGCCCUUAAGGAUGCGGCCGCCACAGGUCGUCCUGUGGCCAAUGCUGGUGGCUCCUCCACGAGUCCGCCGGUCAAGCCUGUGCUGGAGCAGUCGCCCAUCAAGUCGCUGUCGAAUCUCGUGUCCAGUCCCAUUAAGAUGACGGCCAUCAAGAACAUUCCCCUGCCCCCCACAACGGCUGUGGUGGCCGGCGGCAGUUCCACUUCCACUUCUACUUCUACUUCCACUUCCAGUUCCACUUCCAGUUCCUCUUCCAGUUCCAGUUCCAAUUCCAGUUCGAGUUGCAGUUGCAGCAACGCCAGCAGUCCAUCGUCGUCCUCAUCCAGUGGAGCCUCCUGCAGCAGCACAGGCGGCUGCCAGCAGCAGGAUCCCAUAGCCGCCAAGUUGACCUCGUGUCUGUGCACACGCCUGCCAGCCACGCCCUGUGUGGUGUCGCCGCCGGUCAUCCCCGCCCCACUGACCCGAUCGGGAUCGAGCAGAAGCAGCAGCGGCAGCAGCGCAGCCGGCAAAUGCCCGGAGUCAUCCAGCUGCAAUAGCGGAUUCGCUGCCCGUUCAACUGCCUCGGGCGCAGGCACAGGAGCAGGCGCAGGCGUCUCCUUUGCGGGCAACUCGCUGCUGCACAAGACGGGCAACAAUCGCAUCACCAGGCCCAAGUAUCGCCACUACCAUGGACUCGGACAUGGGCAUCAUUACCACAGCAGCGGCUGCAGCGGCGACUUUUACCAUCAUGUCUGCACCUGCAACGAUCAGUCGUCGGUGAAUGCAGCCGCAGCCGCAGCCGCCUUUGCCACAGCCACGUCUUCCACGUCCUCGUCGUCGUCUUCGUCCUCCUCAUCCUCCUCUUCAACUUCGUCCAUGCGCCGCAAACUGGAGCAGGCCAUGGCAGCAGGAUCAACAGCGGCAACGGUGGCACUACCAGCCACAAACACAACUAGCAGCGGCAACAGCAGCACCAUCAACACCACCAUCGCUGAAGAGGACUCGCUGAUGGGUGUGUCGGACACCAGAACCCUGGCCGAGGCAUCCCGCAAUCUCACCCAGACAUUGCGCAAACUCUCCAAGGAGGUGUUCACCAACAAGAUCGAUCUAUCCGGCGCCGGCGUCGUGAGCAGCAGCAGCCGCAGCAGCAGCAGCGGCGGCAGCAGCAGCAGCUCCACCAGCGGCACCGCUGGCCACUCGGCCGGCGGAGCGGCCAGCGGUGAGGAUCGGGAGCCACGCAAGGGCGGUUCGGGGGCCGUUAUCGAGUCGAUGAAGAACCACGGCAAGGGCAUCUAUUCGGGCACCUUCUCGGGCACCCUGAAUCCGGCGCUGCAGGAUCGCUUUGGGCGACCCAAGCGCGACAUCUCCACCGUGAUUCACAUCCUCAACGAUCUGCUGAGUGCCACACCGCAGUACGGACGUGGUGCGCGCAUCAGUUUCGAGGCGCCGGCGACCAGCGGUUCGGCUUCGGGCUCCAGUUCGGCUUCAGCCGGAUCUGGAUCUGGAUCUGGAUCCUCCUCCUCAUCAACAACGACGACGGGCUCCAGCAGCGGGAUGCAUCAUGGAUCGCGCAGCAAAAUGUACUCAUCGAAGCAUCACAACUGCGCCAAGUGCAACAGUCGCGCCCAGCAGCAGCAGCAGCAGCAACAGUCGGCGGCGGCACUGGCCAGCUGCUCCUUCCGUGACUGCCCCAGCUAUCCCUCCUCCUCCGCCGCUGCCGCCGUCGCCGCCUCCUCCUCCGCCGGAGCGUCCAAGGCAUCGUCUGGCAGCUCCAAAUCCUGCUGCCAAGCUGAGGCACCCAGUUCGCUGGCCAACAUUGGUCAGUCCAACGGAUGCAGCUGUCGCUAUCGCCGCGAUGAGGGACAGGGACAGGCAGAGCGAGAGCGCGAGCGCGAGCACACUUGCCAAAAGUGCACCGUGGAGCUGGCCAACAUGAAGACCCGAUCGAAGAUGGACCAGCUGCGCCUGGUGAUGCAGCAGCACAAGCAGAAGCGAGAGGCGCGCAAGCUGAAGAGCGGGCCCUAUGCCACGCCGGCCAGCGGCUCCUCGGCGGACAGCCUCAUCGCCGCCGCCGUCGGCGGAAAAGCCGCUGUUUCGAUGGGCGCGACCGGCCAGUACAGUGCCGUAAGCGCCCUGGUGGCCACGCCCCUGCAACCAGCCGCUGUGCCCGUCCAGGCAUCGAAAGCUGCGCCCGCUAAUAACACUAGCAGCAACACCAAUGCCAACAGCAACGGUAACGGCAACGGCAACAGCAACACAUCGACGGCACCCGCAACAGCAGCAGCAGCAUCGGCAGCAGCAACAGCAGCAACAUCGUCACCACCCAGCGAAGUGUCGCCCAACCACAUUGUCGAGGAGGUGGAUACGGCGGCCUAAGGGCAGAACCACCAUCGGCAGCGGCAGCGACAGUGGCAGCGGCCACCACCAGCCCCGCUGACCCUAUCCUAUUUUGUAGCAUUUACUAGUUUACGCAGCAGCAACAAAGAGCGACAAGCGGACGAGAGAUGAAAAUGAAGAUAUGAAGAUGAAGAUGAAGAUGAAGUUGAAGAUGAAGAUGAAGUUGAAGAUAUGAAGGACCAGUAGAAGCAGAUGGGCAAACAAAAGAAACUAGAACCACAACUAAAGCUUAUAUUAAUCUAGAGUUAGUGCAUAACAACACCAAUUCUAAUGCUCCUUUGGUUAACCACCCAACCACCCACCCUCCUUUGCGUUGAGGAUAGAAAGAUAGAGAGAUAGAAGGUCAGAAAGAGAGGGGAUUGGGGAGGGGGAGCGCCCGGAAGGUCGAUAAGCUGUUAAAUUAAUUUUAAGACCCCACAACAACAACAACACACCCAAAACACUUCAGUCCAAGCCGAUAUACUUUGAAUACACACACACACACACACACACAUAUGUGGAGUGGAAUGAAUCAGCUUCUGGAGGCGAAAUCCUUUAAUGUUUUGUAAAUUAAUUUAGUGAAAUUUUUUUGUGUGUGCACAUCCAGGCGCAAUCGCAAACGAACAGCCAAAUCAGCGGCAAAUCGGAGAAGAUGCAAAACAAAAUUUAAAUAAUAAAAAAAAAAUGUAAUAAUGAAAAUGAUUAACGUAGAAUUAAAUGUAAAAUGUACACAUACACACACACACACACACAGACUAUGCUGAAUGAAUUGUAAGCCAAAGCGGUGGCAAAUUUUGGUAAAACUAAAACUGAACUUAGAUUUACGUUUAGAAACACACCAAAUCUAACACACACGAUCACACACACACACCUGGCUUUGGCAGCUUUAUGUUAUGUUUAACCUGAACUUUAAAUUUAACCGAGAGAAGGGCAGCGCAACUGCACCUGCGAAUGCAAACGCAAAUGCAAAUGUAAAUGCAAAACGGAAAUGAUGCGACUGCGAUGUGGCGCUUUAACCUAAUUUGCCUUAUUAGAAAAUCGUUUUUCACCUAUAUUUUUUUUUUUGUAUACUUACUUUAUCACCAUGAAUGUGUUUCGAAACGCGCCGGGAAAGGAAAGACGAGCGACGAAUUGAAUUUUGUUCACCUAAACCUAUACUAUUGAAUUAGUUAGUAAGACUAUGUUUUCUAUUCAUUUUACAAUUAUCAUUAUCACUACACGUAUAAUUACCGAUUGGAUUAGUUAAGUUGCGCAACAGCAGAAGCGCCUUGAGACGCAGCAAGCAGCAAGUAACGCUAACAUAGCUGUAGAUUUAUAAUUUAAACACGAGCAAUUACUUUUUUUGUCCCACACACACACACUAUCAUCCAAUUCAAAUAAUGCAAUUAGUUCUAGGCGAGUUUGACUUUUGAGUUGGUUUCAUUUGUCUUUGCCUUGUGAGCGCCGCAACUACUUGAUUUCAAUAAAUGUUUAGUAAAUGGUUUAGUUAA